GGGGGCGUGCGGCAGGCGUGCGGACGCGCGCCCCAGGGAGGGCUGCUGGGCGACUGCGCGGCCGACUAUCCCCCACGCAGAGUCACCUGGGGCGACCCUGAGGUGGUGAGAGGGCUCCUCUACACCGCGGAACGGAGCCUAACGUGGAGGUCGUGCGGCCGUGUCCCUGCCACGUUCCAGUGACUGCAGGCUGAUUCACCGGGCUUCCCCGGGAACUUUCCCUUCCUCGAGGCCGGGCCCCGGAGGGUCUCACUAAGCUUUUUCGGUCCGGCACCUGGUGUGGGACACGGCACAUACCACUUUAGGGCCAGGGUCCUUAGCGGGUUUUUCUGAUUUGAGGCGGAGUUGGAAGGAGACUGUUUUUCUUCCCCACGUGGUCUGGAUGAGCGGAACUCGCUCCUCCUCCUGAUGUAUAGUUGGUGACUUUGUCCCCAGAUGCUGAGGUGCCUGAAUCCCUGGCGCAGGCCACUACUGAGCUGUAGUUGGAGUAGGCUGUGCCUUUUCAAGCAGUAUCUGUUUACAAUGAAGUUGCAGUCUCCAGAAUUUCAGUCACUGUUCACAGCAGGAUUGAAGAGUCUGACAGAUUUAUUUGUGAAAGAAAAUCAUGAAUUAAGAAUAGCAGGAGGAGCAGUGAGGGAUUUAUUAAGUGGAGUAAAGCCUCAAGAUGUGGAUUUUGCUACCACUGCUACCCCUGCUCAGAUGAAGGAGAUGUUUCAGUCUGCUGGUAUUCGCAUGAUAAACAACAAAGGGGAAAAGCAUGGGACAAUUACUGCCAGGCUUCAUGAAGAAAAUUUUGAAAUUACUACACUGCGGAUUGAUGUUGUCACUGAUGGAAGACACGCUGAGGUAGAAUUCACAACUGAUUGGCAGAAAGAUGCUGAACGCAGAGAUCUCACUAUAAAUUCUAUGUUUUUAGGUUUUGAUGGUACCUUAUUUGACUACUUCAGUGGUUUUGAAGAUUUAAAAAAUAAGAAAGUUAGAUUUGUUGGACAUGCUAAACAGAGGAUACAAGAAGAUUAUCUUCGAAUUUUAAGAUAUUUCCGGUUUUAUGGGAGAAUUGUAGACAAGCCUGGUGACCACGAUCCUGAGACUUUGGAAGCAAUUGCAGAAAAUGCAAAAGGCUUGGCUGGAAUAUCAGGGGAGAGAAUUUGGGUGGAACUGAAAAAAAUUCUUAUUGGUAACCAUGUAAAUCACUUGAUUAACCUCAUCUAUGAUCUUGAUGUGGCUCCUUACAUAGGCUUACCUACUAAUGCAAGUUUAGAAGAAUUUAACAAAGUCAGUAAAAAUGUUGAAGGUUUUUCACCAAAGCCAAUGACCGUCUUGGCCUCAUUAUUCAAAGUACAGGAUGAUGUCACAAAAUUGGAUUUGAGGUUGAAGAUUUCAAAAGAAGAGAAAAACCUUGGUAUAUUUGUAGUUAAAAACAGGAAAGAUUUGGUUAAAGCAGCAGAUAGUUCAGAACCAUUGAAACCCUAUCAAGACUUCAUUAUAGAUUCUAGGGAAUCUGAUGCAACAACCCGUGUGUGUGAACUCCUGAAGUACCAAGGAGAGCAUCGUCUUCUUGAGCAAAUGCAGCAAUGGUGCAUUCCUCCAUUUCCUGUGAGUGGCCAUGACAUCAGAAAAGUAGGCAUUUCUUCGGGAAAAGAAAUUGGGGCUCUGUUGCAGCAGUUACGAGAACAGUGGAAAAAAAGCGGUUACCAAAUGGAGAAAGAUGAACUCCUAAGUUACAUAAAGAAGAGUGAAAAUUGAUGAGAGCUGAUAUUAAAUAGCAGAAAAUUUUUGGUAAAACUAGUUUGUUCGUUUUUUUCCCCUUCCCUCUUAGAUUUAAGAGACGUGAAUAUAUAGCAGAAUAAAAGCCAGCGUAGAGGACCUCUUCAGAUGAGUAAAGGUCUUAUUUUGUGAGAUCUAAUUAUAUUUCAGGCAGUAAACUGAAGUCUACCUCCUCUUAAUUUGAUUUAUAUCACUGAACCCUGUGAUUCUUUUGGAGUAGUUCCUAUUGCAAAUAGUAUAGUUGUUUUCCCCUGUUGUAAUCUGUCUAGGCUUUCUUCUUUUUUUUUGUGGUGUAGCGUGUUACUGAUUGAUCUUAAAACGUGGUAACUCGAUAAAAGUGUUUCUUAAUGUUUGUAAUUGAAAUAACUGCAUUAUUUUAUCGUUCUGGAAUCCAGGUAAGAAGUAAAGCUUACAAAAGUGUGUUGAUAACACAGUAGUUGACAAAAUGGCCUAUAUAAAAUAAUAAAGACCAGAUGUGUCCCAGGUGGCUGGCAUUCGUAAACCCAAAACUUGGUUCUAGCAAGCUGUUUUAGUACGUAGUUGAUACUUUUGUCAUAAUUUAUGCAUGCUAGGCCUGAGAAAGGUUGGCUUGACAGUUACUCUUGAGCCUAUUAUUUUAAUAAACAUUCCCUUUGGAAUUGGAAGAGAAAUGUGUGUGGUAUGUGACAGUAUAUAUAUAUCAUUACACAUACGGUCUUUUAAUUUCUUUUUUUAAUGUUUCUUUGUUUAUAUUUGAGAGAAAGGGACACAGAAUCCAAAGCAGGCUCCGAGCUGUCCGCACAGAGCCCGACGUGGGGCUCGAACUCAUGAGGUGUGAGAGACGCUUAACCGACUAAGCCACCCAGGUGCCCCGCACACAUGGUCUUUUAAAGUAAAAGGUUUGAGCUCUAAAUGUUUUCAGUAGGUAAAUGGGUGCAACGUAUUAUUUCAACAUUGUGACAUUUUAUUUUUGUGUCGCCAGAUAGGUCAGUAAUUUAAGUCCCACUUAAAAAUAGUGUUAUAUGCUUUUUUUGUUGUUUUUUUUUUUUUAAAUAUCAGAAACUUUUAUUUGCAAGUGUCAGUAAACAAAAUAGAACAUUCUGAGGUUACACCUUUCAGAUGGCAAAAGUAAAAGCAGCGUUCCUUCUCUGUGACUGGUUUCAGUGUAGAGAUGUGCUUUGCUAUGGGAAAUAAGUUUUACUUUAGUGUAAGACUGAAGAACUAGUACAGUCCUAUAAACCCAGUGUUCUCAGUAGUAGUAAUAGCUUAGGAAAAAAAACUACAAUCUUGGCAUAUACUCUUAAAGAACUGACAGCAUUCUUAAGUUGCGUUUCAUUUACUUCCUGUAUAUAAAUAAUGCAGCAUGAGAUUCAGUUGAUGUUUUAAGUCUAGGCAGUCACAGCCAUGGCAUGUUUGGUAAAAGAAAAUAAUAUAUUACAACAUCACAGAUUUUAACAGUCUGCUUUUGGCUGGGCCUCAUACAUUUUUCCCCCCUUGGUUGAACUUUUUUCCCAGUUAAUUUUGUAAAGCAGUGAAGGAAUAUCAAAAUUACACAAAUGUGAAAGGAUCCAAAAAACACUUGAACAUAUAAGCAAAGAGGUAGGUAGCAAAUCAGUCUAUCUAGAACUUCAUCUUAAAUUAUUGGCUUGUGAGUAAAUAUUUUACAUUAUUUAAACAAUGAGGAUGUGUAAUAUUGUUUGCUCUUAAAGUUUACUUACAAUUUUUUUCAAGUUACAUGGAACAAAAUUGCUUACAAAAUAGAGUCACUGUCACUUGGAGCCUUACUGAACAGGGUAUGUUUUAGCAUCCCUGCUCCAUAGUAGUUUAGGUUCAAAUUAAAGAGUAAAUACAUAAGUUACUGUUUUUCACUAACAAAUACAUAAGGAAAUGAACACUUUUUUGGGGCUCAAAUUGCAUAUUUUAACUCUUUAAUAUUUUCAAAAUUUACAAAUCAGUAUGAGAGAAACUAAAGAAAAUUAAAGCCUUUCUUCUUUGCCUCUUUCAAAAAGAGGAAUUUCAACUAUGUUUUCUGCAGGAAACCACCACUUUCAGUGAGGACUUCAUGUCCUAUCAGGGACAUUCUGGCAAGCCAGAGUAUAAUGGUACCAAGGUACUAAAGUAGAUAUUCCUAAUUUUAAUUUAAAUCUUCAAAUACCAUUUGGAACCUUCCAUGUAAUGUUGCUUUUUAACUUAGGUAUGCAUCAAAAGCAGGAAUUUCCAAAGCAGAUCUGAUUUUUAGAAGACCAACUUGAUAAAUAACUUUAUCCCUAAUGUAUUUGUUUACAAGCAAAGUAUUACUUUGUCUGGACUUAUCUCAUCUUCAGUGUCUGGGAUUGUGGGCAACAGAGCAGAUCGAGUCAAACCCCAAAACUUCUGAGGUGACAUGUCUUUUUUGGUGGCUGUAAAUUUCCAUCCAAUAUGGCUUGCACAGAUCCUACACUGGGCGAUAGUCCAGGCGUACCUAGAAAAUUAAAAAAAAGGUAUCAGGUAAGGAAACACAUUUUUGUAUCCCAAGCUAUCACGGUAAAUCUGUUAGGAAGACAGAGCCAAAUUCUGUAAUUUUGACUGUGCUCUUAAGCUGUGUAAAACUAAUAUUGUUAAUGUGGAUUAACUCACAGGUACUUUCCCUGGUGGUUUCAUAUUGCAGUCAUGUUAGAAAACACCAACCAACCACCUCCAUAAAUAUACUGGUGUCAAGUCAAAAUGGGGGGUAGGAUGGAGAGAGACUUGUAUUUUAGAACUACUCGUCUACAGUAAGAAUGAUUUUGUUAGAAGAGUCAAACUGUAACUAGAAAAAUCAACCAAACCAUUUCUUACUUCCCUAGGGUAUCUCUCUUAAUUCUAGUUUUGUAUCAAAUAAGAUUGGACAGUUCGAGUCACAUGGUCCUAAGUCCAAAAUGGCAAGUAUAACCACUAAUCCAUACUCAGCUUACCUCUGACUACUUAGACUUUCCUCAGCCUUAAUAGUAUUUUCAACAACCCUAACAAGUUUCCAGGUGGUGCUGUAUCAGGCUCAUACUUUGGAGGCCAUUCAGCAAAACCAGGACUAAAUGGUUUCUGCAUCUGUUUUGUCUAUUACUGCUUGGGAUAUUCUCUGGUUUGACACAUUAUGGAAUAUACUGGUUCAGAUACAGUUUUGCUGGGUCAUAAGCCAGCUGAUUUUCAGAAUGAGCUAAAAUGAAAGAGGUCUGGAUUAUUUAAGGAUAACUGCAGUUGCCAACUUUCCAACUAUACAUUUAGUGAGACUAUGCAAAAAUACUGUUACUAGCCAUUCUCAAAACGAACAGCAUUUAAAUAGAAUUAUUCAUCUUAGUGUCUAUUUUCGAUUAUAAUUCUAACAACUCUGCUUAGAACUCUGGAUUUUUCUGGACUUUUUUCUGCCCAGUUAAGGCACCACCAUAUUACCCAGGAAACCAGCUGUGUUCUGUAGAAGGUCGACCUAUCAGAUUCAAGUUGCAAGCCUUAUACACAGUAAGCGUCUCAUGCACGUAUCCAUGAGGAUUCACGUAAGCUGCCAUCGGCCCACAUAACGAUAAACUACGAGAGAAUCAGCACAGAGGAUAAGUCAAAAUGGGAAGAAAGAAAUGUCUAAUGAGGUUAUAAGAGGGAAUAGCUUAGAAUCCCGUUAUGAAAACAGGAGGUUGGCAGUCAGCCCAGUUUCAGUCUACACGUUUGUAAAAUAGGGAGUUAAACUUCAUCUAAAGGAGUCUUUCACAGAGGGAGUACAGUGAAAAUGUCCUUUGGGUCAUCCUUGGGCUGCUGAUUACUCUGUAGACAACAAUUUCUCUAUUGUCCUACACAAUAGUGUCCUAUUUGCAGUAGCAGUACAUGUUCAGAAGCAUGUCCUACUUUACCUUUGGCCCUGAGUGUAAGAUACUAGCCUAAAGCAUUCAUGUUAUCCUUAUUCACUAAAAAGAUACACAGAUUUUCAAGCAGGAAUGGGGAAGAAAGGAUUGCCCCCUUAUAAUUGACUUGACCAUGCUGAUUAAUACCUUACAUAACUAUUGCUGCUGAGUACCCAAUCAGGAAGGGUAUCUUAACCCCCUCCUAUUUCAUUUGCUGGAAUGACUGUAAUUUAAUGGAGGGAAAUAUAUGGAGAAUGGAUAUAUAGUCUUGACUAUAAUUCUGUUAUAGGAGUUGGGAAAAUAUAUCCAGAAGUACACUAAAAAUGUAAUAAAGCUCUCACCUGAAUAUUUCA